GUUUGGACCUCCCCGCCCCCCUUUUUGCUGGACUAGGAUGCGAUAUUGAUUGUGUUCGGGUAUACAGCGUGUGAAGUAACUGUCGUAAACAUUAGAAGGUGUACCGACAGUGUUGGGUUGCUUUUUAGACCUACGGUAUGAAAGGGAAAACGUGUGGAAGUAAUUUCCUCGUACAUCUGCUUUUAAAGUCUAGAUACCCAUGGAUAUCGGCGACAACAGACUUAGACGGACCAGAAGUCUGAGAUCUUGGAAGAGAACUGGGACGCAAAAUGCGCACGUGAAAAGGGAAAAUGCUAACGUCCUAAGGUCAUUGACUGUGGGGAAUACAGACGACAAUGAGGCCAUGGAAGAAGACAGUGACUUUCUCAAAAAUGGGAGUUUGGAGCGAAAGGUCAUGGCUCCCCGGUACAGUUUACUUCGUGAGGUCGGAAGGGGCAGCUAUGGCGUGGUCUACGAGGCAAUUGCACGGAGGUCCGGUGCCAGAGUUGCGGUGAAGAAACUUAGAUGCGAUGCACCAGAAAAUGUCGAGCUUGCUUUGGCUGAAUUCUGGGCCCUGGCUAGCCUGGAGAAACGACACGAAAACGUAGUGCAACUGGAAGAAUGUGUGUUACAAAGAAACGGCAUGGCUCAAAAAAUGAGUCAUGGGAACAAGCGAUCCAAGCAGUACUUGAGAUUGGUGGAGACCUCCAUAAAAGGUGAGAGAGUGCUGAGCCAACCCGAGGAGCCCUGCUACCUGUGGUUCGUCAUGGAGUUCUGUGAAGGCGGGGACCUGAACCAGUUCAUUCUGUCCCGACGACCUGACCCGCGGACCAACAACAGCUUCAUGCUCCAGCUCACCAGUGCCGUGGCGUUCCUUCACGAAAACAACAUCGUCCACCGCGACCUCAAGCCCGACAACAUCCUCAUCUCAGAGAGAUCGGGGGCGCCGGUUCUCAAAGUGGCAGACUUCGGACUCAGCAAGGUGUGCGCCGGACUUGGCGGCGCCGGGAAGGACAGAGAGGGCGAGAACAGGAAUGUCGUCAACGUCAACAAGUUCUGGCUGUCGUCGGCGUGCGGCUCAGACUUCUACAUGGCGCCCGAGGUGUGGGAAGGCCACUACACGGCCAAGGCGGACAUCUUCGCCCUGGGCAUCAUCAUCUGGGCCAUGCUGGAGCGGAUCACGUUCAUCGACGCGGAGUCCAAGCGCGAGCUGCUCGGAACAUACGUGAGGCAGGGCGCCGACAUUGUGCCGGUCGGCGAGGCGCUGCUGGAGAAUCCAAAGAUGGUGCUGAACAUCCCGCAGAGGCGCAAAUCCUCCAUGUCGGACGGGGUUAAGAAGCUUCUGCAGGACAUGCUUGCGGUCAACCCUCAGGACCGUCCAAAUGCACUUGAGCUCCAGAACAGGGUGGACCAGGUCACUUGUGCCGCGUGACCCAACCCGCUACAGGAACCGGUACAAGACCUCCCCAGAUACUUCUGGCAAACUUCCUGGGUCCAAGGAAUCAGUGUAAGGGGAGAUUGUGAAACAUCUAUCGUAUCAAAUGUGAAGAAAAAGGACACAUUCUACCGAACUUCAAUUGAAAUUAAAAUGAAAUAAUUGUGGUUUGAACUUCUAUUGUUACAGGAAGGGUUUUACUUUGAGAAUAAUGAUGGCAACUCUACUCUUUGUAUUGAUCUACCGUCUUUUUUUAAUUCUUUUUUUAUAGCUGCUACUUCCUUGUCGGCUGGCCAGGUUUUAUUUUGUAACUGAAUGUGUCUUAGUUUUGGUUUCACACCAGUUUGCCAGAAGUCAACUGUCAACCGGUGGCACUGUGUUUCAAGAUAGGUUAGGGAUAUUUUCACCCCCUCCAGCUCUCCGUGGCCCAUUAAGUCUGCAUUCUUCACUGAAACCUAACAGUUUUUCCCCUUUAAACUGACAGUGUAUUAUCCAGUACAAGUACAAGCCCAUGUACACAUUUUCAUCUGGUUUCACUUUAACCGGUAUAGAUUCUCACUUGAAGGCAAAUGGUGAGCAAGUUGUUGAUUUCAAACCCUGUGGACUGAAUUACGAAAUGUAUUGACCCCCCCCCCCCAUUCCAAAAAAAAACACACUAGAACCCCCCCAUUCCAAAAAUUAUAAUGUAGAUCAAGUAGCCUAAAAUAUUAGAAAUGAAACACUUAUUUUUUUAUCCGCACCGUGCCUUGAUAAUCAUCUGAAAGUGGGAUUGAAAUUUAUUAGAAUUAUUUUCUCAAUAAUUUGACACUUUAAUUUCUGAGUGCAGUGUAACAUUGUUUGGGACGUCUGUUCUUAACGCCAACCCCGGAGCCCUUUGAGAUGCUGAGGAGUCGACAUGAUUAUGUCACCCCUAAGGGAGGGUCUUUUGAUGUAGAAUGUAAAAAUAAAAACAUGUUUACGGUGUUUUUAAACUCUUGAAUUGAUCCUGAGAGACAGGCUGCUAAUCUGCUCAAUUUUGUCAUCUCAUACUUUGCAUUGUAGCAGCGUAAUGAGCGUUUAUAUUCCUUUAUCAAGGUUUGACUUCAAUUUCUUACUAAUUUUAAAAUAAGUGCCCCUUUGCUUUUCAAGCCAUGUUGUUCAAUGGUGUUAUCUUGAUAAGCUUCCCAACUCCUGGUAGGAUCUUGCACAAUGUAAGUCUUGCAAAGUCUGAAAUGUUUUUGGACCGGUAUAAAUUGUUCUAGUGUUAUAUUGGAUUUUCAUUGUAAACUGUUACAGAGUCUUCACGUUUAGACAAAUGUAAACUGUUGAUCUGAGGAUAUAUAAAAAAGCAUUCUCAAUUUCAACACAAAGUUCAAAUUCAACAACCUAAAUUUUAACAAAACAACAAUUGCAGAUUUUUGCCAUUUCUUUGCAAAACAUUGCCCCUUAAUGGUGAUCACUUAAUUAUGCAUAUGUACUUUUCAUCUUUUGGUUUACAGUAACUAAGCAGCCACUAGAAUGUGGACUUGUUUCAGAUUAUCCAUUGUGUAUUAUGCUACCUCAUUUUCCUGCACAUUUCCAGAGACUUUCCUCAGUCGAGCCAUUGUGUGUGUGCGUGUAUAUAUUUUGUCAGAUUUUUCGGGAAGGUUGUGGAGGUCAUUGCUAUCAAAUGUUUGUUAGUUACGUUCAGCAGUAUUUAGUUGUUUUUUUGCUUUGUUUUCAUUUUAGCAAAGCUGGUUUUUAUUUGCGCCUAAACAAUUAAAUGGGUAUUUGAUUAACACAGAUUUCUUGUAACUUUACCUAAGAUAAACUGGAGAAUUUGGUGUGUGCGCUUUUGGCUGUUUUGAUCCUACAUCGGUUUAGUUGUUUACAUGUAACUAAAGCUGACUUAUCAAGUAGAGAAUUAUUUUGUUCUGACACAAUAGUUGUUCUCUUAUGGUUUAUUUGUUGUGCUUUGGUCACCCUUCACUUGACCAAUAUACCUCAUGUUCCACUGUUUGUAUUAUCGUGGGGUUGGUCGUUUGUAGGACUGCGAAUGAAACUUGAUCAGAUUACUAUUGUUUGUUCUACCUAGUGAAUGAAAGGGACCAUGGAGCCAUAAUAAGAGAACGGAUGCAUUGCUCUACUUUUUCAGGCGUCUAUUUAUUUUUAUGAUUUUGUUUUAUAAAAUUUGGCAUUCAAACACUGAAUGCAAUCUUUCAAAUCAUUUGAAAAUCUUCCUGUUGGAAAAGUCAGGGUCUGAUUUGCAGUAUAGAAGUAACCCAGAGAUCAUAGGACUCAGGUAUUUAGUACACUAAAGCGGACGGAAAAUGACAGAUAUCUGUCGAUGUUCAGCAAAGCAAGGUUUGUUUUCUUUUUGUUCUCAUGCUAUUUGCUGUCAAAAUCAUGCAGAGCUAACGUGAGUAUUUUGUAGUUGUAUUUGGUGAUUUACCUAACGCUCCUCUAUGCAACAGUUGCUCACUCAAACACUGUCUAAGCUGGUUUUGUUUUAAUUUGAACUCGGUAACUGCUUGUCAUCAUUCUCUGAGGGUUUAGAGGAGGAUUCUCAAUUUUCUUGUCCUGUGCGUCUUGUUACCGGUUUGAAUGGUAAUCACAGUCGCGUUUUAGAGCUUACUAGAGAUGUUAGCUUCAGUUAAGACUUCUUUGGUAUUAUUGUACAUCUUUGGUUUCUCUCUUCAAUAAAGUCUGGUUCCUUUCACCAA